GGAAACCUCAGGACCCACAGACUUCCUUUUGUGGGGAACCCGCCCCAACUCCAUCCUCUAGCUUGGCAGCCGCGCCCCACAGAGGCCAGGAGCGCAGCGGGAAGCCUGGGCUGGAGGCUGGCACAUCUGGCUCUGGCCAGCCCCGCCGUCCUCUGAACCCCCUGACCUGGGCCUGCUCCCCCCGAAAGCCCAAGGACACUACGAGAGACAAGGUCGUGAAGUGGGCCUUGCAGAAAGACUCACUUCUUGGAAAUCGCGCAGCUGUGCCUGUGUUCUGUGUGGUCCUCCGUGGCCUAGUGGAGACGUGGGCAGCCCUGUGGCGAUGGGCGAGAGAGGGCACAGGACCCGGGCGCUGUUAGAGUGCCACCUCAGCGACAAGUUGUGCAUUGUCCGGGGACAGCAGUACGAAAUAAUCAUCGUCCCGACUCUCCUGGUUGGCGGCUUCCUCAUCCUUCUUGCAGUCAUCUUGUGGCUUUUUAUCAGGGGACAACGAUCCCAACAGCGACAUCGUGGAUCUCAGGGCAGUGUCCCAGAGCCUCCAUUGAGGAGCCUGGGCUCGGAAGCAGCAGGAGGCAGAGGAAAAGUGCUUGUCCCCCUUAAGGAGACGACAGUGGAGAGCUUCCUGCAGGCCGCUGCGCCCGCCCUGGCUAAGCUGCAGGUGCCCAGGGAGCAGCUGUCCGAAGUUCUGGAGCAGAUUCCAAACGGCAGGUGUGGGGUCAUCUAUCGAGCCAGGAUGAACACCGGGGACCCUCCAAAGCCCAAGAGCGUCAUCCUCAAGGCAUUAGAAGCACCAGCUGGACUCCAGGAGGUUCAGGAUUUCGUGGGGCGAAUCCAGUUCCACCAGUACCUGGGAAAGCACAGGAACCUGGUAGAGCUGGAGGGCUGCUGCACAGAGAGCCUGCCGCUCUACAUGGUGCUGGAGGACGUCGCCCCGGGGGACCUGCUCAGCUUUCUCUGGACUUGCCGCCGGGAUGUGAUGACCAUGGAUAGUGUUCUUUACGAUCUCACAGAGAAGCAAGUAUAUCACAUUGGAAAGCAGGUCCUUUUGGCUCUGGAAUUCCUGCAGGAUAAGCAUCUGUUUCAUGGGGAUGUUGCCGCCAGGAAUGUCCUGAUCCAAAGCGAUCUGACUGCUAAGCUCUGCCGCCUGGGCCUGGCUUACGAAGUCUACGCCCGAGGGGCCAUCUCCUCCACUCACACCGUCCCUUUGAAGUGGCUUGCUCCAGAACGGCUUCUUCUGAGACCUGCCAGCAUCAGGGGAGACAUCUGGUCCUUUGGGAUUCUACUUUAUGAGAUGGUGACUUUAGGGGCACCACCAUAUCCUGAAGUCCCUCCUGCCAGCAUCCUGCAGUAUCUUCAGAGAAAGAAGAUCAUGAAGAGACCCAGUAGCUGCACUCAGACCAUGUAUAACAUCAUGAAGUCCUGUUGGCGCUGGAAGGAGGACAGCAGGCCCUUGCCUGGAGAGCUGCGCCUGCGCUUAGAAGCCGCCGCCAGAUCCGCCAAUGACAAGGCGGUGCUGCAAGUGCCAGAGCUGGUGGUGCCCGAGCUGUACGCGGGUGUGGCUGGCGUCACUGCAGAGAGUCCGUCCUACAGCAUUCUCUGAAGACGGACAGAGCCCUACAGCAUUCUCUGAAGACGGACAGAGCCCUACAGCAUCCUCUGAAGACAGGCAGAGCCCUACAGCAUCCUCUGAAGUCGGACAGAGCCCUACAGCAUUCCCUGAAGACAGACAGAGCCCUACAGCAUUCCCUGAAGACAGACGUCCUCCGCGACAAGAGCCGCACAUGAGUGUUCACGUUCACCUGGAACCAGUUUCCGCAGGAGCAGAAGGAAUGGGCUGUCUAGUGGACCACGCAGCAAGAGCAACGGCAUGGAUCCCUUCAACACACAUUUCCCCAAGAAAUCUGAAAUGCUGCUACAUGAGGCUCUGGGCACCACAUCCCCGAGCUGAGAACUGCUGUCGGUCCCAGUUUGCUCAUCCAGUCCUGAAGGCCUGAGUCAAAACAAUAGCAAAGGACUACGUCAUUCCAAAGGCUUUGCUGGCUCCUCUCACCCCAGGCUAGUUUACUCCUGGAAAACAUUUGCAUCUAGACUGUUAGAGAAACUGCAAUAGCAUGAAUGACCAGAAACCCAGUAUAGGAGUCCAUGAGGAAGAAAAUCCAGGGUUCUUUUUGCUGAGGAAUAUAGGUAGGGACCAAGAUCUCCUUCCCUUUCAGGAAGAUACUGUGCUGCUUUAAUGCUGAUGGGACAUAAAGUUCUUCAUCUCCAGCCACUUCAUAAACGUUGGAGAGGAAUUACAAAGAAAAACCUUGAAGAAAAAAAAAAACCUUGAGUACAGAUACCCCACUCUGAGACACUAAAAGUAGUACUUUUAAUUAGACCUGGAGGAGGCCUCUCAUAAGAACAUUUAAGAGAUACUGUACCUCAGAUUUGUGUCCUAGUGCCGGUGAGGACAGUAAGUCAAAGGAAACAAAGUUAGAUUGUGGAAAAAAAAAUUCUCUCUGCCGUGUGUGUGUGUGUGUGUGUGUGUGUGUGUGUGUGUGUGUAACAGAAAGGAUGGGAACCCAGCAAGAAAGAUUAGUAGCUCAGCUGGUCACUAACAGAUGUUAGAGAAUUUUUAUCUGCUAUGGGAGAAUGGUAGCUUCUAAUUUCUAAUCACCCAUUGAGGUACAGUGAAACAGUUCAUUAAAUUAAUAUUUAUUGAGUGGAAGUAGACUAUCUUUUGGAAUACAGUUGUCCCAAUCUGCAAUAGGAAAAAUAAAAAGAAAAUUAAUGGAAAUUAAUUUUAAUAGGUAAAUGAAAGAUCCUAUGUUGUCUCAAAGGGGUUCUUUAUGUGUAAAGUAGGGAAGGCUACCUGCCUCACUAGGCUACUGUGAAGACCAAAGAGAAUAUUUAUUUAUACCAUAUGUGACACAUGAUAUAUGUUCAAUAAAUGUUAAUUCCCUUUUCUGCCCUUCCUAA